AUGUUAACUCCUGGUGUACCAGCAGCAACAGUCCUGCUGUGUCGUGAUCCCACUGGCGUUCAUGGCACAGGUAUUCGUACUGGAAAGGUAAGGGUAAUUGGAGUAAAAGGACGUAAUGUUACCUUGCCAUGUGUAAUGAAAGAAACGAAGGAGUCCACCUCGCAAGUUUCCUGGCAGAGGAAUACGAGGAAAACACCUCACAAUUCCAACUUCUUCACCGUCACUGCAGACGAUCCCUUGGUUUUCAGUGGUGACACUUCACGAUUUGUGUUUACUGGGAGCCUUCAGGAACAUAUUGGCUCUCUGCAGCUCAUCAGUGUGACAGUGGAGGAUGAAGGUUUAUAUACCUGCAUCUUCACGUUGUUUCCCAGUGGCAACGUUGACACAAAAAUCCAGCUGACUGUCAUUGUCCCUCCUGUCACAAGUCUGACACAUGAGCAUCUUGUUUUGGGUAAUGAGAAUGUUACCCUCGCAACGUGCACGGCUGCUGAUUCCAAGCCUCCUGUUCAAGUGAAAUGGCUGACCGGGGAUUUGAAAGGAGUGCGAGCAACAAUCAGCAAUACUUCACAUCCAAACGGGACGACAACCACAGUCAGCACUCUGGUCGGGGUACCAACCCAAGAGAUGAAUCAUCAGCUGGUCCGAUGCCGCAUCACAUAUGUAGCUCUGUCGAAGGAGGAAACCCUGUCCUUCAGUCUACAGGUCAAUUGUAUGUGAACUUUUCUGUUUGU